AUCGUCGCCCCAUCCCCCCGACAACGCAAUCAUCACGCACGCACAUCCGGCCAAUCAAACUUCCCACCACUCGUCCUCCGCCGAUCGAUCCCGCCCACGCCCUUGCCGCCGCCGCCGUCGCACAGCCGCCUUCGCUUCAGUCGCACCUCGACCAUGCCAUAGACGGCCGCGCCAUGUCCGAGAGCGAAGAAGAGACGAGCAGCGCCGCCGACUGGCCCGUCACCGAAGAGUGGCUGCAGGCGGUGCUCCGACACCACCACAAGGACCUGGCCGACGCCGCCACCAUCGCCGUCGUCGACUUCACGGUCAAGCCGGGCUGCGACGCCGGCGAGAGCGUCCUCAGCGACAUCCUCGCCGUCGCCGUCAAGUACUGCGUGAAGGACGACACCGAAACGCACAACCUGAGCUUCAUCAUCAAGCUGCUGCCCCAGGACCCGUUCAGCAGGUUCUUCGUCACGGAGGCGCAGUUCGAUCUGCGCGAGAUCAAGUUCUACACGCAAGUCGUCCCCGACUUGGAAUCCUUCAAAUCCCGCACCCUCCCGGCCGACGCCCCGUCGGACAUCCGCCUGCCCAUCCCCAAGUGCUACUACGCCCACUACUCCGCUGGAAGCACCGACCCGCCGGAACCGAGCCCUCCCGAAUCCGUCCUCGUCCUCGAGAACAUCAAACCUUCUGGUUACACCAGCGCCGACUUCUCGCGCGGCCUCACCCUCCGCCAGACCACGGCCGCCGUCGAUGCCAUCGCGCGGAUACACGGCCUCAGCUUGGCGCUGAAGAUCAAGGAGGGUAAACCUCUCGAGGAGCGCUACCCGUUCCUGUUUCAGACCACGCGCGCCUCCGACUCGUACCAGCAGCUAGUCGAGCGCGGGUUGCCGCAGCUGUCGCAGUUCCUGGAGCGGCGGCCGGGCUUGGAGGACGUGCUCGCGUCGCUCAACGAGCUGCGCCCGCACACCAAAGACAUCAUCGAGAACUUGCUGGCGCCCGAGGAACCGAUGGCGCUCAUCACGCACACGGACUUCUGGUGCAACAACCUCAUGUUCCGCGAGGACGAAACGUCGAGCACUUGCGCGAUCUUGGAUUGGCAGAUGGUGACGUACAGUCGGGCUACGAAUGAUUUGGCGUUGUUGCUGAUCAGCUCGGUCCCGGCGGAGCUGCGCCGUCUGCAUACCGAGAAGCUGCUGGACGUGUAUUGGAACAACCUGACCGACACGUGCCGAUGUUUGGGGUUGGACGUCGACGAAGAGCUGGGCUACAACAGGAAGCUUCUGUCCGAGGACUACCAGCGUUCGCAGCUGCUGGCGCUGCUGCUCUGCAUCGGUUCGGUGGACCUGGCGCUCGGGAACGCUCAAAUGGAGGAGCGCCUUUUGGCCCUCCUCAAAGACUUACACGACGAAGGUCUGCUCAACGCCGACGUAGCGAGGAAAUAACGCGCGCUUCGACAAAUUUAUGCUUCGAGAUGGGUUCCGUGCCAAUUUUUUUGAUUAGUGUUUUUUAGGUUCUUCCGUACACGUUUGUAUCAAUUAUAGGAUUAAGGAGAGGUUUGUGGCCGACAAGGUUUGUGUAUUUUGUAUUGCUGUGCGACUUUUUGGUCUCUACGGUGGAAAAUGUCUGCUUUGAAAAUUUCAAAUAAAGUAUUUAAAUAA